GAACAGGUUACUCUGAGAACAUCUGAAGAACAGGUACUCUGAGAACAUCAAAUUAUGGAAGGACUUGAUUUCUAUUCAUGGAUUGCUAUAAUUACAGCUGUCAUUGGCAUUGCUGUAACAAGUUAUAUAUGGUAUUCCAGAAGAAAUGACGAUUACUGGAAGAAAAGAGGGGUUAAAUCUCUUCCUCGAUUUAACUAUAUAACUCUCUAUAAGAUUUUAACAGAAAAGCCUUUACAUGAAGUACAGCUAGAAAAUUACAAGAAACACGGCAGAAUCCUUGGGUCUAUUGGAAUGGGAAAUAAAGCCUUAAGUAUUGCGGAUCCGGAACUUUUAAAAGAUAUUUUAGUAAAAGAUUUUCAUGUUUUCCAUUUUCGAAGAGAGCUGAAAUUUGGAGACAAAAUCUUCGAUAAUAUGGUUAGUGUCUUGAAAGGAGACGACUGGAAAAGAGUUCGAACCAUCCUUACACCAGUUUUUACAACGAAGAGACUAAAAAUGAUGACGAAUAUAAUCAAUGAAUGUUCUCAAAAUGUGAUAAAUGAGUUUGAUAAGAAGCAAAGUGCUGGUGGUACUGUUGAUGUUAAGAGAAUGUUUGGGACUUUCACAUUAGAUGUCAUCGCCAGAGCAGCUUUUGCAACCAAGAUUAAUUCUCUAAACGACCCAGAAAAUAUAUUUUUACAGCAUGCUAAGAGCUUUUUUGGAAAUUUUAGUCUUAAGAUGUUUAUUAUUACCUUGAUUUUUCCAACAUGGCUUGUACGAAAACUGCGAUUGGGAUCCUUUGACAGUAGUGAUUUUUUUCGAGACGUAAUAAUUAAUGUCAUCAAAGAGCGAAAAGAGAAAGGAAAACGUUAUAAUGACAUACUGCAACUGCUCAUCGAUGCUCUUGACGAAGACGUGAAAGGAAAAGCGAAUAAAGAAACUCCAAAAGUUGAACUCGUCGAAGAUGAAGAAGAUCAAUAUGGAAGCAUUGUAAACAAAGAAACAAAUUUCACUGUAAAAUACAAAAAGUUAUCUCAAGAUGAAAUGAUGGCUCAGUGUGUCUUGUUUUUCGUUGUGGGUUAUGAGACUACAGCAGCAGCUCUCUCUUUUAUGGCGUAUGCUCUUGCGCUGAAUCCUGAGUGUCAAGAAAAGUUAAUAAAAGAAAUAGAUUCAGCUUUUGAAAAUCAUAAAGAAAUGAGUUAUGACACCAUAAGAGAUAUGAAGUACUUAGAUUGCGUUUUAUCAGAAACCUUACGAUUAUAUCCUCCAGUUAUAGCAUCCGAGAGAUCAUUAGCUGAGGAUUACGAAUUAAGAGGUACUGGAAUCACCAUUGAAAAAGAUGUCAUUAUUAACUUUCCAAUCUAUGCAAUGCAUUUAGAUCCAGAAUUUUUUCCUGAACCUGAAAAGUUUAAACCAGAAAGAUUUAUUGAAAUAGUUCACCCUCAGUAUGCUUAUCUGCCAUUUGGUGCUGGACCCAGGAACUGCUUAGGCAUGCGUUUUGCCCUGAUGGAAAUUAAGUUAUGCAUCAGCAACAUUUUGCGACACUAUAGAUUCCAUUUGGCCGAUUCUACAAAGGUUCCUUUGGAUUAUAAAAAAGGAGUAGGAUUUUUAGCUGUAAAUGAAUUGCCAUUAAAAGUAGAAAAAAGAACAGAUGUAUGAAUUGAAAUUGGCUGCAAAGAAAACGCUUUCCCUUCAAAAAAAAGUAGCUAGAUCAAAAAACUCAUUCUAUUUUAUAGAGCAUGUAAAACAUUUUUCAAUGGGAUAAAUUUUUCCUGCAUUAUUUUCCUCUUUGUAAAUAUCAUCGUUUGUCUCAAUGUUUUGCGCUUGAUUUUCAAAAUAUAAAUGUUAUGUGUUAAUCGUAAAGCACUUUCUGUUAAUAAUAUAUAUUACUAAACGUGAACAGUCUUUCUUAUGUUAGAAACCUGUAUAUAUUUUGAUUGUUUGGUACAAUAAAUUAUUUGUUCCUUUCA